AUGAAUCUCCGCUUACCUGAAUAAAUUAAACCUCCAAAGAGGUUUCGCUCCAUGUCACCUGUUUUCAAAUAGAAAUUCCAAGAAUUUGAAGCUCCCUUAGUAUAUACUCAGUAAAUUGUUGCAAGCUAGCAAACUCCUAAAGAUGGUAAUUAUGAUGGUGAAUUCCCUCUGAACAGCAAUCCACAAGUGGCCCAUUUUCCAGAAGAUUAAGUAAUCAAAGAAAAUGGUAGAUAAUCUUGUGGUAAUUCUAAUUCUGAGAGCUAAUUAAUUGAUUCAAUUAAAUCAACACUUCCUGUAGAAACUACUCAUGAACUCGAUUCCUUAGUUCCUCUGAAUUUAUUGCUAUAGAAUGAAAACACCAGACUCUGUCUUUAGGAAGGCCAGAGUUAAAACUUUAAUGAGCAAGACAUAUGCAAUAACCAAUUUCCCAAAUCUUUGAAAUCUUCUGAUAAAACAUUAACACUCACUUCAAGAUCUAGCGAAGAUCCUCCACUUAUAACUGAGAAUCGCUCAACUGAAGACAUAUAUUCUGAGAACCAAUCUCCAAAGCAAUCAGAUUCUGUUCUUAUUCUCAAUUAAGACUAGUAAAAAGCAUAGUAAACAUCCAAUUAAGAAGAAACCUAAGCUAUUAGUGAAUCUAGUGGCUCCAAUUAGGACUAUUCGAAAAGAGAUCCAAGUAAAUUUCUUGAGAAAUUUAUUCCACUUUUUGAAAAAUAAUUGCUCUUAAAUGAUAUUGAAUUGCCAUCAAAAGCAAAUCAGCUUGCCCAUGCAAUCAUAGACUUCUCAAAAAUCCUUUAUCAAUUCAAAGUAAACGGAGAAGAUGACUCUUCACCUAUUAAUUUUAGAGAAGAGUUUAUGUUUCUCAUAAAGCAAGUUUCAAAGUAUCAUUUGACCAUUGAAUCAUUAAAAACAGAAGAAAAACUUCGGCUUGAUUCCUACACUUUAUCCAAGAUUUUCAUUUUCUGUGGGGAAUAGAUGAUUUUGGGAAAAUUGAAGGACGUAUCAAGAGCUGAAGUUAUUUCUUAAUAUGUUAAUAAACUUAAGGGAAAAUGCUCUUAAGGUGAAUAUUGCACCGAGUUUUUCAAAUAUUGUUGCGAGAUAGAUCUUGGAUCAGGGUAGAUCUAACGAUUUUCUUGCGAUAUAUUUGAGCAGUUGAAUGAAAUGGACAGUUUCGAGGAUAAAUUCACAGAUAUUGUUCACGAAAUAUAUGUGCGAUUCCUAUAAUAGUUGCUUUUUAAGUAUAUCAUUUAGCUUGAUCUAUUGCAGAUAUAAAUUCUUUAUAGUUAGCUAUUUACCUGA